ACCUUAUAAACUAUUUAGCUCAAAGUUCUAAAGAAAAAUGGCCUCAAAUUUUGUGGUGCAUUUUCUUUUCAUAUCUUCAUUAUCUCUAGCAACAUCAUCAACCUUCGCCAAUAAUGGCAUAAAUUGGUGGUGCAACCAAACCCCAAAUCCUAACCCAUGCAAAUAUUUUAUGAGCCAUGACCUCAAACCCAAACACAAAGCCGAUUUCAAAAAAAUGAUGAUCCAAAUCGCUUUAGACCGCACUCGUUUCUCACACAACCAAACAAAAGAGCUCAUACAUAAGCUUAAAAAUAAUGAGCAUGACAAGGUCGCAUGGGCCGAUUGUUUAACCCUUUAUGAGAACACAAUCUCUGAACUAAACAAAACCUUAAACCCUACCAAAAAAUAUCGUACCGAGUUUGAUAAACAAACAUGGCUAAGCACUGCUUUAACAAACCUUGAAACAUGUAAAUCCGAGUUAUUUGAUCAGCUAGGUCACGUCCUUGAUUUUAUUCCACCACAUAUUUACAACAAUGUGUCUGAGUUGAUUAGCAAUGGCUUAGCCAUGCACAACAAAUUGGCUAUCCCUCAAACACAAACAUACAAACUAGGGUUUCCUACAUGGGUCACUAGACGCGAUAGGAAGCUAUUACAAUCGUCUUCUACAAAAGCUGCGAACCUAGUGGUGGCUAAAGAUGGAUCAGGAAAUUUUAAGACUAUUCGCGAGGCCCUUGAUGCCGCAGCAAAGAGGACGAGAAGUAGUGGAAGAUUUGUAAUCCACAUUAAGAGUGGUGUGUAUGCAGAAUACCUUCGUAUUGGUACAGAUUUGAAGAAUAUUAUGCUAGUAGGUGAUGGUAUGGAAAGUACAAUUAUUACUGGCAAUAGAAGCAAGGGAGGAGGUUUCACUAUUUUUACCUCCGCAACUGUUGCUGUAACGAGUGAUGGAUUCAUAGCUCGUGAUAUAACCUUUCGCAACACUGCCGGGCCACAGAAUAACCAAGCAGUUGCACUUCGUGUAGGCUCUGACCUCUCAGUCUUCUACAAAUGUGGUUUUGAAGGAUACCAAGACACACUUUAUGCACAUUCACAAAGACAAUUUUACAGAGAAUGUAACAUUUAUGGCACUAUUGAUUUUAUCUUUGGUAAUGCAGCAUCAAUAUUUCAAAAUUGCAACAUAUUUGUUAGGAAACCUCUUUCUUCACAAAAAAAUGUUGUCACAGCCCAAGGAAGAACUGAUCCUAAUCAAAAUACAGGCAUUAUUAUACAAAAAUCGCGCAUCGCGCCAUCAUCGGACCUUAAACCUGUUAUAUCAUCAUUCCCAACCUACUUAGGACGACCAUGGAAGAAAUAUUCACGUACCAUAUUUAUGGAGAAUUUUCUUGAUAGCUUUAUAAAUCCAUCUGGUUGGUUAAAAUGGGAUGGUAGUAAAUUUGCACCUAAUACAUUAUUUUAUGGUGAAUAUAAAAAUUAUGGGCCUGGAUCUUCAACAAGUGAAAGAGUGAAUUGGGGUGGAUACAAGAUUUUUACUAGUGUUGCUCAAGUUUCUCAGUUUUCAGUGGCAAAUUUUAUUGGAGGUCAAUCUUGGUUACCAGCUGCUGGAGUUCCUUUCAGUAGUGGAAUUUAAGUUUAAUUUAGCAUAUAUAUUCUUGUAUCAUAUGUAUGGCUUGACAUUUAACUAGCAAUAAAAAGAGAAAAAAUCAAAAGCUAAGUACCAUGUAAAACGUUGUUAGAUAAUAAAUAAAGAAAGUGACCUUUGUGUAAUUUGCUUAACUUUUGAUAUUUUUCAUAUAAAGAAUACCUAGUCAAACC